AUGACUUUGUUUUCAAAACCAUUCACUUUCUUAGCCCAAAUCAUGUUUUCUACACUUUCCAUCGUUGGAGACUACCUAAAUAACCAAAUAUUAUUCAAGUCUUGUAACAUUUUUUCACUCUUACAAUGGUGUGGCUUAAUAGCAUUUAUAGCAAUAUUUUACCUAAAGAAAAAACAAAAAAAGGUAUAUCUAGUGGAUUUUGCAUGUUAUAAACCUUAUGCUAAAUGCAUUUGUAGUAAGGAAAUGUUUUUAAAUGCAUCAAAAUGUACUGGACAAUUUAAAGAUGAGAGCUUAAAUUUUCAAAGAAAAAUUAUGGAUAAAUCUGGAUUUGGUGAUAAGACUUAUGUGCCAGAUUCCUUAUUGAAAGUUCCACCAAAUAUUUGCACAAUUGAAGCAAGGAAAGAAACAGAAUCAGUGAUUUUUGGUGCUAUUGAUGAACUUUUGUUGAAGACAAAAAUGAAGGUUGAGGAUAUUGAAAUUAUUAUAACAAAUUGUUGUAUAUUCAAUCCUACACCUUCUCUUAGUGCCAUGGUUGUUAACCAUUACAAAAUUAAUCAUCAAAUUUUGUGCUAUAAUUUAAAUGGUAUGGGUUGUAGUGCAGGACUCAUAGCAAUUGACCUUGCUAAACAACUCCUACAGGUACAUUCAAACUCAUAUGCCUUAGUUGUGAGCACAGAAAACCUCACAAGUGCAUGGUACUUAGGAAACAACAGAUCAAUGCUUCUUUCCAAUUGUCUCUUUCGUGUUGGUGGUACAGCAAUCUUACUCUCAAACCUUUCUUCAGAUUCUCGUCGUUCAAAAUACCACCUUAAACACACUGUUCGUACACACAAAGGUUCACAAGAUAUUUGUUACAAUUCCAUUCUUAGAAGAGAAGAUGAAACAAACACAAUCACUGGUAUAUCACUUUCAAAAGAUUUAUUAAAUUCAGCUGGUUUUGCACUUAAAGCCAAUAUUUCAACACUUGGAAAAUCUGUUUUACCUUUAUUAGAGCAACUAAAGUAUGUGUCAACUUUUUUAGCUAAAAAGUACUUUAAUACAAGAAUAAAGGUUUAUACUCCUGAUUUUAAGUUAGCUUUUGAGCACUUUUGUAUUCAUACUGGUGGAAAAGCUGUGCAAGAUGAGAUACAAAAAGUGCUUGGAUUAAGUGAUUAUCAAUUAGAGCCUUCAAGGAUGACACUUUAUAGAUAUGGUAAUACAUCAAGUAGUUCUGUUUGGUAUGUUUUAGCAUAUUGUGAAGCUAAAGGGAGAAUAAAAAAAGGUGAUAGGAUAUGGCAAAUUGCAUUUGGUUCUGGAUUUAAGUGUAGUACUAUUGUAUGGUGUGCAUUAAGGAAUGUUGAUCCAAUCAAUGAGAUUAAUCCAUGGAGUGAUGAGAUUCAUGAGUUUCCUGUUGAUGUUUCAAGUUGAAGUGUUGUUGGUGUAAUGAAGGUUGUUUCCUUGUGAUUACUAAAAUAAUGGGAUCUAGCUUUUCUUAAUAAGAAAAAAAAUGUUUGUAAUUAUAGUAUGUCUUGAGUUAAGGAUUCGACUUUACUUGUGAUAUAAGUGGUGGUUCGAUCAAUAUAGGACAAAUCAAAUUUAAGUUCUGUAUUUGAAUUAUAAAAUAAAAUAGUAAAGUUGUAUAUUUUUGGA